GCAUCAUUGCAUUGCCAUUGAUGUUCGAAGUCGAAGUGGUGUUGUGUGUACGAGCGCCCCGUGUUUUGUGUUUUUCGACAAUUUCGAAAUCGAUUACUUUCGAAAUACUUCCGAUUACCCGUAGCUCUUCUGGAAACGGGCACUUUCCAAAUUCUAGUGUUAACGUGUUUGUGACUUUUUCCGUUCGACUUCCUGACUCCUGUUCAUCAUUUAUUUUUCCAUAUUAUAUCGUAAAAAAAAAUGUCGCGAAAUCAACAACAUUCGUCUAAUGUUCCAGAUGCUGGAAAACUGCUUGAAAACGAUAAAUGCGAUUUGACCGAUUCCCGAGCCGAUAGUGGAUUUAUUUCGAGUGGAAAUCUGAUGCUGUCAGGAGAAAUAUCCGAAGAAAUCGUUCCCGAACCUUAUCAUCAUCGGAGCGACCUUCAUUCCGCUCAGAGCGAUUCCGGGAUUAUUGAAGAUACCGACAAAAAAUCCAGAGAUUCAUCCAUGCACAUUGACAGCGGUGUUUGUUUCUCAAGCGAACUGAGCUUGAGUGAGAAAAUUUCCAAAUUAAAAUUGGACUCGAAUUUGGGACUAAACGAUUUGGACAAUCCUAAACUGAUCCAACCACCUGAGGAUUCUAAACAAUCAUUGGAGGAUGCUCCCUGGGGACUUUACUUUGAACAAGAUGAGGACGGUGAUACGCAUCUUCAUAUGGCAAUAAUUCAUGCUUUUCCCGAAAUCGCUUUGGCAAUCAUCCGCGCAGCCCCUCAUCCACGACUACUGGACACUCCCAAUGAUAGUGCCCAAACCCCAUUACAUCUGGCUGUACAGACUCGUCAAUAUCCCAUUGUCCGUUGGUUGAUCAUUGCUGGAGCCAAGCCUUGCCCGAGAGAUGCACAGGGCAACUCACCGCUCCAUCUUGCAGCCAAAAUGGGUGAUUUCAACUGUCUAAAAGCUAUCAUUGAACCUGUUAAUCCAAAACAUAGGGAAGCGAUGGCACUGAGCUAUUCCCCUUUGAACUACGAAACACCGAAUUUGGAUCAAUGGAAUUAUCUUGGUCAAACCUGUGUUCACAUCGCAGCCAAAUACUGUCAGCUGGAAGUACUCAAACAUCUAGUGGCACGAGGUGCUGACAUCAACGCCCGCGAAGGUCUCGAAGGUUUAACAGCUCUCCAUUUUGCUGUACAGAACCGCGAUGAAAAAAUGGUCAAAUAUAUACUAGAUGAAUGCAGAACGGCUCGCCCCGAAAUUACAUCUUAUGGAGGAAUUAACGCUUUGCAGUGGUGCAUUAUUGUACCCGAGACUAUUAGACAGUGUUUGAAGAUGAGGGGACUAGACUCACCUUACUCAAGUGAGGACGAGAGUAGCGAAGAUGAUGAUGAAGAGAUGACACACGAUAGUCCCAUUCACAAACUUGGUCCGAAUUUAGUGGAUGCAAGCGCAUGAAGACGACAAUCACACAAAAAAUUGUCAUUGGGCGUGGCAAGCAGGAAAUGCAGUCUUUCGGGCAGAGAAAAGACGAAAUAAGAAGCCAACUACAAAAACUCCAUCUUGACAAUCUUGAGCCCCUUGAAUUCAUUUUUUAUUUAGCCCAUUUAAAUUUUGUCAUUGUCCCACCGCUCAAUGUCCCACUGUGAACGACAAUGGAACCUUGAUGGUUGUUGGUUCGAUGACAACAUUGAAAGUGGAUUAGUUAAUCUAAGAUUUAUUAGUAAAAAAAUGGUGAUAAAAUAAACUUUAAUGGUAAGGAUCAUUGGUGGUCGGUAUGACCACUCACCAUAUAACUUUAUCAAAAUUAGAUAAUGGCAUUAUUAAAUUUUUAGUUAGGUAAUGACUAUUUUUAUUUUGUUAACAACUUAUUAGCUAAAGCGAAAUAUGUAGAUGUGAAACUUAUACUCUAACUUAUUUCAAUUUUAAACAUUCUACUAGGGAUGAUGGAAGUUUGCCAAUGACCAAAUUCUGUAAAUAAUCAAAAGCUUCCUUUAUUUGUAGAGGGUAUAUUUCCUUUGUGAAUUUUUCUCACAAAUUAUAAUUAAUAAAAUGCAUGAAUACAAGGGAUGUCUUUUAAUAACACAAUAUUAGCUCAAAAAAUAUUCUAUAGCUAAUAUUGAGGUGUAUUAAUUACUGGCUGACGGAAGUAGAUGAAAAAAGACUAAAAAGUAAAACUAGUGUUCUUGUAUCUGAAAAUUCAAUGUUAGUGAAGAACUAUAUUUAUUUUUAUAAUUUAAGUUUCAUUGUAAAUAUAUUUUAAUAAUUAUUAUAAUUCAAUGUAAUAAAUUGUUUCUGUAAAUAGAU